UUCAGUUCUACACAAUGAAGCUCAUUACCGUUGACUAGAAGACUCAGAAUGUUCCAGCUUUCACUGGACUAGACGGCGGGGCUGCGACAUUUACUGUCUUCUGUAUAAAUUACUUGGUUUCAUUCCUUUAUCCUCUCUUUCUUCAUCACCCCAUCCUCCUCUGUUGCUGUGCGCGUCACGGCAGGGGGCGGGGCUUGUCCGUGAUUGACUCGCAGCGUCUCUUCAGCUCCACUGUUUUUCUGCUCCACAAAAUGGCUGUAGUGUGGGAUGGGGAAUAGACUGCUGCCUUUCAUCUAGAGAAGACCCGCAGAAGACACAUCUCCCACCGGGACCCGUGCCGCCCGGACCGGACCGACCCCUCAUCUCUCACCGGCGGUGUUUAACGAGCCGUAACCAUGGACACCACCACCUCCAUCAAGAUGACCACGCUGGCCAUCCAGAACCUGUUCAGCUACGUGGAGGAGGAGAACCUGGGGGCACUGAAGUCCCACCUGGACCGAUUCAAGGAGGUGGACGGCCGCAGCGACAAUGGUCAGACUCCCCUGAUGUUGGCCUCUGAGCAAGGCAGCCUGGAGAUCGUUCAGGAGCUGAUCAGGAGGGGAGCCAACGUCAACCUGGACGACGUGGACUGCUGGUCCGCUUUGAUCUCAGGCGCCAAGGAGGGGCACCUGGAGGUGGUCAAGGAGCUGCUGGAGAACAGCGCCUACCUGGAGCACAGAGACAUGGGUGGCUGGACAGCCCUUAUGUGGGCUGCCUAUAAAGGUCGCGUGGAGGUCUGCGAGCUUCUACUGGAGAAUGGAGCCAACCCCAACACAACAGGACAGCAGUACAGUGUGUAUCCUAUCAUCUGGGCGGCGGGGCGCGGCCACGCUGACAUCGUCAAGCUGCUCCUCGACAACGGAGCCAAGGUCAACUGCUCCGACAAGUAUGGCACCACCCCUCUGAUCUGGGCCUCCAGGAAGGGUCACUUCGAGAGUGUGAUGCACCUGCUGGAGAACGGAGCGGAUGUCGACCAGGAGGGGGCGAACUCGAUGACGGCCCUGAUCGUGGGGGUGAAGGGGGGCUUCUCGGAGGUGGUGAAGGAGCUGCUGAAGAGGAACCCCAACGUCAACAUGACGGACAAGGACGGCAACACCGCGCUGAUGAUCGCCGCCAAGGAGGGCCACACCGAGAUCGUCCAGGACCUGCUGGACGCCGGCACCUACGUCAACAUCCCCGACCGGAGUGGGGACACAGUUCUGAUCGGAGCCGUGCGGGGCGGACACGUGGAGAUCGUCAAGGCUCUGCUGCAGAAGUACGCUGACAUCGACAUCAGAGGACAGGAGAACAAGACGGCGCUGUACUGGGCGGUGGAGAAGGGGAACGCCACCAUGGUCCGAGACAUCCUGCAGUGCAACCCCGACACCGAGAACUGCACCAAGGAUGGAGAGACUCCUCUGAUCAAAGCCACUAAGAUGAGGAACAUCGACAUUGUUGAGCUGCUGCUGGAUAAAGGAGCCAAGGUUUCAGCGGUGGACAAAAAAGGAGACACGCCCCUCCACAUCGCCAUCCGGGGGCGGAGCCGGCGGCUGGCCGAGCUGCUGCUGAGGAACCCUAAAGAUGGCCGCCUGCUGUACCGGCCCAACAAGGCGGGAGAGACGCCGUACAACAUCGACUGCAGCCACCAGAAGAGCAUCCUCACGCAGAUCUUUGGAGCGCGCCACCUGUCCCCCUCUGAGUGCGACGGGGACAUGCUAGGUUACGACCUGUACAGCAGCGCGCUGGCAGACAUCCUGAGCGAGCCCACCAUGCAGCCGCCCAUCUGCGUGGGGCUGUACGCCCAGUGGGGCAGCGGCAAGUCCUUCCUGCUCAAGAAGCUGGAGGACGAGAUGAAGACCUUUGCUGGCCAGCAGGUGGAGCCCCUGUUCCAGUUCUCGUGGCUGGUGGUGUUCCUCUCUCUCCUGCUGUGCGCCUCGGUCGCCCUGGUGCUGGGCUUCACCGUGGACCCCAAGCUGGCCAUGGCCGUGUCCCUCAGCCUGCUGGCCCUGCUCUACCUCUUCUUUGUGGUGGUGUACUUCGGCGGGCGGCGCGAGGGGGAGAACUGGACGUGGGCCUGGGUGCUGAGCACCCGUCUGGCCCGUCACCUUGGUUACCUGGAGCUGCUGCUGAAGCUGAUGUUCGUCACACCGCCGGACCUGCCGGAGCAGAGCACCCGGGCACUUCCUGUCAGGUUCCUGUUCACCGACUACAACCGUCUGUCCAGCGUGGGCGGGGAGACCUCCAUGGCUGAGAUGAUCGCCACGCUGUCCGACGCCUGCGAGGCCGAGUUCGGCUUCCUGGCCGCCCGACUCUUCAGGGUCUUCAAGACGGAGGACACCCAGGGGAAAGGUAAGCAGCGGUGGAAGCGGACCUGCUGCGUGCCGUCCUUCGUGCUCUUCCUGCUGGUGCUGGCCUGCCUGAUCACGGGGCUGGCGCUGCUGGCCGUGUUCCGGCUGCAGCCCGACCACCAGACGGUGAACGCCGUGCUGGUGGCGGUGGCCAGCCUGGUGGGCCUGGCCCUGCUGCUCAACGUGCGCACCUGGUGGCAGGUGAGCGACUCGGUGCUGCACUCGCAGAGGAAGAGGCUGCACGGCGCCGCCAACAACCUCGCCAAGCUCAAGAGCGAGGGCUUCAUGAAGGUGCUGAAGAGCGAGGUGGAGCUGAUGGCCCGCAUGGCGAAGAGCAUCGACAGCUUCACCCAGAACCAGACCCGCCUGGCCGUCAUCAUCGACGGCCUGGACUCCUGCGAGCAGGACAAGGUGCUGCAGAUGUUGGACACGGUGAGGGUCCUCUUCUCCAAGGGCCCGUUCAUCUCCAUCUUCGCCAGCGACCCCCACAUCAUCAUCAAGGCCAACCAGAACCUGAGCAGCGUGCUGCGCGACUCCAACAUCAACGGCCACGACUACAUGAGGAACAUCGUGCACCUGCCCGUCUUCCUGAACAGCCGGGGGCUCAGCUCCGCCCGCAAGCUGGCGCCCGGCCCCGGAGCCCGGGACCCCGCCGCCCCCGCCGACGGCUGGCACGAGGAGCUGGACAGGAAGUUGUCUCAACACAGUCUGGGAGAACUCUCCAAGUUCGGCAGCAAGACCACCUUGAACCGCCGGGACACGUACCGGCGUCGGCAGCAGGUGCAGCGCUCGGUGACGCGGCAGAUGUCCUUCGACCUCAGCAAGCUGCUGGUGACCGAGGACUGGUUCAGCGACAUCAGCCCUCAGACCAUGAGGAGACUGCUGAACAUCGUCUCUGUUACAGGCCGUCUGCUGAGAGCCAAUCAGAUCACGUUUAACUGGGACCCGGCUGGCGUCGUGGAUCACCUGACGGAGCAGUGGCCGUACCGAACCUCCUGGCUCAUCCUGCUGCUGGAGGAGACGGACGGAGUUCCCGACACCACCACCCUCAAGGCCAUCUACGACAGUGCACGGAGUGCGGGUUGCCAUGGCGACGGGAUGCUGAGUGUGUUGGUGGUCCAGAUCUCCAAGGGCAUCCCGACCACCAAGGACGUGGAGCCGCUGCUGGAGAUCGACGCCGACGUGCGGAGCUUCGAGGUCUUCCUGUCCUCGGCGUACCCCUGUGCUCUCGGCCCGCGACAUCAAGACCUUCCUGCCCUGCACCUCAACCUGGACCCCAAGCUCAGGGAGAUCAUCUCAGACGCGGUUCGGCCCGGAGCGAUGAACCUGAGUGCGGCGACGUCUCCCAGCAUGCAGCAGGAGGCGCAGGUGCGGCCCACCUCCAUGUACAGCCAGCCCUCCACCGCCUGCUCGCCCUCCGCCUCCUUCGACUGCUGGUCCGCUUUGAUCUCAGGCGCCAAGGAGGGGCACCUGGAGGUGGUCAAGGAGCUGCUGGAGAACAGCGCCUACCUGGAGCACAGAGACAUGGGUGGCUGGACAGCCCUUAUGUGGGCUGCCUAUAAAGGUCGCGUGGAGGUCUGCGAGCUUCUACUGGAGAAUGGAGCCAACCCCAACACAACAGGACAGCAGUACAGUGUGUAUCCUAUCAUCUGGGCGGCGGGGCGCGGCCACGCCGACAUCGUCAAGCUGCUCCUCGACAACGGAGCCAAGGUCAACUGCUCCGACAAGUAUGGCACCACCCCUCUGAUCUGGGCCUCCAGGAAGGGUCACUUCGAGAGUGUGAUGCACCUGCUGGAGAACGGAGCGGAUGUCGACCAGGAGGGGGCGAACUCGAUGACGGCCCUGAUCGUGGGGGUGAAGGGGGGCUUCUCGGAGGUGGUGAAGGAGCUGCUGAAGAGGAACCCCAACGUCAACAUGACGGACAAGGACGGCAACACCGCGCUGAUGAUCGCCGCCAAGGAGGGCCACACUGAGAUCGUCCAGGACCUGCUGGACGCCGGCACCUACGUCAACAUCCCCGACCGGAGCGGGGACACAGUUCUGAUCGGAGCCGUGCGGGGCGGACACGUGGAGAUCGUCAAGGCUCUGCUGCAGAAGUACGCUGACAUCGACAUCAGAGGACAGGAGAACAAGACGGCGCUGUACUGGGCGGUGGAGAAGGGGAACGCCACCAUGGUCCGAGACAUCCUGCAGUGCAACCCCGACACCGAGAACUGCACCAAGGAUGGAGAGACUCCUCUGAUCAAAGCCACUAAGAUGAGGAACAUCGACAUUGUUGAGCUGCUGCUGGAUAAAGGAGCCAAGGUUUCAGCGGUGGACAAAAAAGGAGACACGCCCCUCCACAUCGCCAUCCGGGGGCGGAGUCGGCGGCUGGCCGAGCUGCUGCUGAGGAACCCUAAAGAUGGCCGCCUGCUGUACCGGCCCAACAAGGCGGGAGAGACGCCGUACAACAUCGACUGCAGCCACCAGAAGAGCAUCCUCACGCAGAUCUUUGGAGCGCGCCACCUGUCCCCCUCUGAGUGCGACGGGGACAUGCUAGGCUACGACCUGUACAGCAGCGCGCUGGCAGACAUCCUGAGCGAGCCCACCAUGCAGCCGCCCAUCUGCGUGGGGCUGUACGCCCAGUGGGGCAGCGGCAAGUCCUUCCUGCUCAAGAAGCUGGAGGACGAGAUGAAGACCUUUGCUGGCCAGCAGGUGGAGCCCCUGUUCCAGUUCUCGUGGCUGGUGGUGUUCCUCUCUCUCCUGCUGUGCGCCUCGGUCGCCCUGGUGCUGGGCUUCACCGUGGACCCCAAGCUGGCCAUGGCCGUGUCCCUCAGCCUGCUGGCCCUGCUCUACCUCUUCUUUGUGGUGGUGUACUUCGGCGGGCGGCGCGAGGGGGAGAACUGGACGUGGGCCUGGGUGCUGAGCACCCGUCUGGCCCGUCACCUUGGUUACCUGGAGCUGCUGCUGAAGCUGAUGUUCGUCACGCCGCCGGACCUGCCGGAGCAGAGCACCCGGGCACUUCCUGUCAGGUUCCUGUUCACCGACUACAACCGUCUGUCCAGCGUGGGCGGGGAGACCUCCAUGGCUGAGAUGAUCGCCACGCUGUCCGACGCCUGCGAGGCCGAGUUCGGCUUCCUGGCCGCCCGACUCUUCAGGGUCUUCAAGACGGAGGACACCCAGGGGAAAGGUAAGCAGCGGUGGAAGCGGACCUGCUGCGUGCCGUCCUUCGUGCUCUUCCUGCUGGUGCUGGCCUGCCUGAUCACGGGGCUGGCGCUGCUGGCCGUGUUCCGGCUGCAGCCCGACCACCAGACGGUGAACGCUGUGCUGGUGGCGGUGGCCAGCCUGGUGGGCCUGGCCCUGCUGCUCAACGUGCGCACCUGGUGGCAGGUGAGCGACUCGGUGCUGCACUCGCAGAGGAAGAGGCUGCACGGCGCCGCCAACAACCUCGCCAAGCUCAAGAGCGAGGGCUUCAUGAAGGUGCUGAAGAGCGAGGUGGAGCUGAUGGCCCGCAUGGCGAAGAGCAUCGACAGCUUCACCCAGAACCAGACCCGCCUGGCCGUCAUCAUCGACGGCCUGGACUCCUGCGAGCAGGACAAGGUGCUGCAGAUGUUGGACACGGUGAGGGUCCUCUUCUCCAAGGGCCCGUUCAUCUCCAUCUUCGCCAGCGACCCCCACAUCAUCAUCAAGGCCAUCAACCAGAACCUGAGCAGCGUGCUGCGCGACUCCAACAUCAACGGCCACGACUACAUGAGGAACAUCGUGCACCUGCCCGUCUUCCUGAACAGCCGGGGGCUCAGCUCCGCCCGCAAGCUGGCGCCCGGCCCCGGAGCCCGGGACCCCGCCGCCCCCGCCGACGGCUGGCAUGAGGAGCUGGACAGGAAGUUGUCUCAACACAGUCUGGGAGAACUCUCCAAGUUCGGCAGCAAGACCACCUUGAACCGCCGGGACACGUACCGGCGGCGGCAGCAGGUGCAGCGCUCGGUGACGCGGCAGAUGUCCUUCGACCUCAGCAAGCUGCUGGUGACCGAGGACUGGUUCAGCGACAUCAGCCCUCAGACCAUGAGGAGACUGCUCAACAUCGUCUCUGUUACAGGCCGUCUGCUGAGAGCCAAUCAGAUCACGUUUAACUGGGACCGGCUGGCGUCGUGGAUCAACCUGACGGAGCAGUGGCCGUACCGAACCUCCUGGCUCAUCCUGCUGCUGGAGGAGACGGACGGAGUGCCCGACACCACCACCCUCAAGGCCAUCUACGACAGGAUCUCCAAGGGCAUCCCGACCACCAAGGACGUGGAGCCGCUGCUGGAGAUCGACGCCGACGUGCGGAGCUUCGAGGUCUUCCUGUCCUCGCGUACCCCUGUGCUCUCGGCCCGCGACAUCAAGACCUUCCUGCCCUGCACCAUCAACCUGGACCCCAAGCUCAGGGAGAUCAUCUCAGACGUGCGUGCGGCCCGGGAGCAGAUGAACCUGAGUGCGGCGACGUAUCCCAGCAUGCAGCAGGAGGCGCAGGUGCGGCCCACCUCCAUGUACAGCCAGCCCUCCACCGCCUGCUCGCCCUCCGCCUCCUUCGUGGGCGGGGGCGGCGGCGAGACCCACAGCAGCUACUACAGCGGCCUGGCCGGGCCCCAGCACCCCUUCUAUAACAGGCCUUAUUUCCCCCAACAUGUCUACCAAUGGCCACGCCCCCACCCGGGCUUCACCUACCAACCACCUCACCUCCUGCCACGCCCAUUCUCUAGGACCGCCCCCUACAGGGACUACUGCUGCGCACCUCUGUCUAGGGGUUCAUCUUUAAAAAAGAAGCAGGCCGCUGCCUCGGUGGUCUCCGGCGUGCCCCCCGUGCUGCUCUCCUCCCUGAACACGGAGGCCGUGUGCGAGCGCGUCCGCCUGGUGGAGGGCAUCGACCACGGCAUGCUGCCCCAGUACACCGCCACCAUCCGCAAGGCUAACGUGAACGGACGUGUGCUGACCCAGUGCAACAUCGACGAGCUGAAGAAGGAGAUGAACAUGAACUUCGGCGACUGGCAGCUGUUCAGAGCCACGAUCGUGGACAUGCGCAUCAUGGAGAGCCAGGUGCUGCAGGACGACGCCGCCAGUGAGCAGGGCAGCAUGGCGGCCCCACGCGCCGCGGCCCCGCCCCACGUGGGCGUGGCCAACGCCGACGGCUCCUCCCCCAUGUACAACUUCAACCUGAGCUUCGAGGAGCUCAGCAACCUGGGGCUGGAGGAGCCCCCCAGGACCUCCAACCUGCAGUGGAUGAGCGGCGGGCAGCGGACGGCGAGCAUGACCAGCCUGAACUCCCAGGAGUCGUCCAACGACAUCUGGCGCCUGACGGACCGCCAGCAGUCCGAGUACCGCUCGGCCUACCAGGAGUACGUGGCCCAGAUGGCCAACGUGGAGAUGGGCGGGGCCGGGGAGCGCCCCGUGCAGCCGCAGCCCGGCCACUUCAUGACGCCCGCGCCCCCGGAGGGCGGAGCCAAGGAGGGGGCGGAGCCCGACGCCCGCAAGCCCUACGCCAAGAGGCCCGGGGCGGGCGGGGCCGGGGGGAAGCCGGCCGCCGCCGACCCGGACGCCGACGCCCUGGACCCCAUCACGGAGGAGGACGAGAAGGCGGAGCACCACGGCUCCGCCCGCUCCGUCCUGACCCGCAAGGCCAGCUCCUCCUCCGAGCGGGGGGGGGCGGGGCUGUUCGCCGCCGGUGCCGCUGAGCUCAAGAUGAAGGCCAGCGGCGGCGGCUACCAGAAGCUAACGAGCGACGACGAGUCGGAGGAGUCCGACCACGCCCCUCUGCUGAAGGACGGGGGCGGGGCCGCGGGCCAGGGGGGCGGGGCCCCGACCGCCGCCGGCGCCCCGGCGCUGAAGGGGAAGGACUUCCUGUCCGACGUGACGCUGGACAAGAAGGACUCGUCGGACUCGGGGGUGCGGUCCAACGAGAGCUCGCCCAACCACUCGCUGCGGGACGAGGAGGCGGAGCUGUCCCAGCUGGAGGGCGCCAACCUGAUGGAGCUGGAGGAGGAGACGCAGGCCCGGCGCCGCGCCCCGCCCCCCGGCUCGCUGGGCGGGGGCGGGGCCCUGCAGGACGUCCGCAUGUCCAUCUGCUCCGAGGACCAGUGCAGCCUGCUGGCCAGCAGCCCCGAGGAGAGCUGGUCCUCGCGCUCCUACAACCUCAACCUGGCGCCCAGCACCGUCGCCAACAACAACACCAACAACCGGCCCCGGCCGGCCGGCCCCGAGGGCUCCAUCUCCUCCUCCACCUCCUCCUCCACCACCGGGGACGUCAUCUCCCCCCCGGUGGCCUCCUCCACCACCUCCUCCUCCUCCACUUCCUCCUCCACCACCACCAAGCCGGGCCCCCACAACGAGAACGUGCGGGUGGUGCACCUAAAGAGGGGCCCCAACCCGGGGGACCCCCCGGAGAUCUGCUCCGUCAGCUCCGACACCGUCACCUUCGGCGAGGAGCGGGAGAGCAUCCUGUAGGAGGGGAGGAGCUACGGCUCGACGUCGAGGUGGUCGCUAAGCGAGUCCCUGUUGCCGUUUGUCAGUUGCUCCGUGUCGGUUGGUUAGUGGUGGUUUGUUUUGUUUAAGUAGCUCCGCUGUGCGUUUUGUUGCUCUCUGGGCUGAAGUAGCUUAGCUUUAGCCUUAGUAGCUUCUGUGUGCUGAGCUAGCUCACUUGCUCUGGUGUAGUUGCUAUAAGUUGCAAAAGCUAGCUAGACCUUGUAGAGUUGUUGUCUGUGUUCUAAGCUAGAUAGCCCUGGCAGGGUUCUUUGAAUGCUAGGUUAGUUAGCCAUGGCAGAGUUGUGUUUGUGCUAAGCUAGCUAGCUAGUCCUUGUGGCAUUAAUUAUCGUAACUUGGCUAGCUCUGGUGGGGUUAUUCUAUGUGCAAGGCUAGUUAACCCUGGCAGGAUUGUUAUGUGUGCUGAGCUAGCUAGCGCUAGCAUGGUUGGGAUGUGUAUGCUAAGCUAUCUAGCAUGGUUGUUCUGUGUAUGCUAAGCUAGCUAGACCUAACAUGGUUGUGAUGCGUGUGCUGAACUAGCUAGCAGUGUUUUAAUGCAUGCAGUCUGGAUGCACUAAAUUAGAAUCACCUGUUGAACAGUUCUGCUGGUGUCUGGCGUUUAAGAAAACCAAAUUGAAGUCAUAAACUUUAUUUUAACUCUUUUGAAACAUGAGCUAGAAAACUAAGUCAAUGACCCCUUUGAAUUAAUAUUGAACCAUUAAUGACAAUAUUUAAUAUUUUAAAUCCAGCCAUGUUGUUUUAUGAGUAAUAUUCACAGGAACUCACUGGUGAACAUGGUAAUAAAUGGAAAAUAGUAAAAGUAAAGUAAAUAUUCAGUGUUGACCAUGAUCUGACCCGACCAGGUCCAUCUUGUUUGUGUUGUGUUAUUCUGCUGGUUCCUGAUCUCUGAAAGAGAUGACAGAUGAGGUGGUCUAACCCCCAACUCUAUCCCCCCCAACUCUCUCACCCCCGACCCCCUCAACCCCAACUCUGUCUUCUAACGGGACUGGUCGUGUUAAAGGUUUCACUCUCUUCAGACGGCACCUGUGUACGAAUCGUCUGUGAAGUUUGUUAACCAACUGAUUUCUGGAUGAAUAGUUUAUAAGACCUUUUUAAGACAGUAUUAAACCACUAACAAACCUAACGCCAGUUGACUCAACUCUAAAUAAGUCUGUUCCCGUCUGUCAUCUUAUUCUGACCCACCAGGAGGUUAUGAAUAGAAGUUCAGUGUUAACAAGUUGUGAUGUGAAGUUGAUACUGCGUUAUGUUCGUCUCUCGAGUUAUUAAGGACAACACAUGACUACAGUCGUCCUAGAAACCAUAGCAACUAGAAGACCUGCUCCCGUUUUAAACCUGCUUCUGUCGAUUGUCGCUGUGCACUUAAAUAAACUGCUUAAUAGAUGUGACGAGGUGAAACCUAGGAGUUAAAAGCAUGGACCAAUCGAAGCGCAUGUAGUGAAAAUCAACACGCAUGUAGUGAAAAUCCACACGCAUGCUUGUGUUAAAUCGCUGGUGUUUUGCAUGCCUUGUGAUGUGAAUAUUUAAUGUUAUAUCUGUGACACUCCAAGAUGAAUAAAAGCCGUAACUGGCAUCAAGAAGUGUCUUAAGGUGGAGCCAUUUGAAAUAAAAUGCUUUUGGUUACAGAAACUGUUAUAAGUCUUGUAUUUUUUUCUUAAAGAUAUGCCAUCUAUUUGGAGUUGAACAUUUAGUAAUUUUGCAGAAUCAUUUAUCCAAAGAAAACAAACAGUAGAUAUAAGGGAUAGUUUGCUGGUCAAAACUUAAGGUAGGUCUACUUAAAGAAGCAGAGUUAAAAAAUUAAACUGUCAAACCAGGUACAUCUUUUAACCGGCGAUGACCGACCACCGCCGCAAGAUGUCACCACAGAGCAAGUUCAAAAUAAGUCCGUUAAUAUUCGGCUAAUUAACAAUAUAACUUGAUUCCAUUCAGAGUCUUUAGUCCACUUAUCAAAACAGCACCGUUCAUAUAAUAUAUAUGCAUUCCUCAAAACAUACUUUAAUAUUUAAUGCUACAUUAUCGUGUAUUUGUAUAAAAGUGCAACGCAGGCCACCCUGCAGCAGGCCAGUAAUGUUCAGUUAGUCCCAA